GACGAAACACUGUAUUCUUCAAAAAAGAAAGUAGGAAAGUUAGAAAAAGUGUAUUUCCGGUAAAACGUCCGAAAAGAAAACACUGAAAAAGAACAACUUUUCUCCAAUAUCCCAGUAUAACGAAAGGAAAAAAUGUCAUCAUCAGAUGAAGAAGAAAUCCCUGACCUUGUUCCUGCUGGUGUCAAAGUCCCAAUUACUAUAAUCACAGGUUUUCUAGGUGCUGGCAAGACAACACUACUGAAUUAUGUUCUAUCAGAGCAGCAUGGCAAAAGAAUAGCAGUUAUCAUGAAUGAAUUUGGUGAUGGUGAUUCUAUAGAGAAGUCAAUGUCAGUAGGAAGUGACGGGGAAAGGUAUGAAGAAUGGUUAGAACUCAGGAAUGGAUGUCUCUGUUGUUCAGUGAAGGACAAUGGGGUAAAGGCCAUAGAAAAUUUGAUGACAAAGAAAGGAAAAUUUGACUAUAUACUGCUGGAAACUACUGGUCUAGCAGAUCCUGGUCCUAUAGCUUCUAUAUUUUGGCUGGAUGAGGAAUUAUGUAGUGACAUAUUUUUAGAUGGUAUUAUAACGAUGAUAGAUGCGAAAUAUGCCCCAAAGUAUCUGGCAGAAAAGAAGGAAGAUGGUUCAGUCAAUGAAUUUACAAGACAGGUGGCAUUAGCUGAUGUAGUUAUUGUAAAUAAAACAGAUCUUAUCUCAGCAGAAGAACUAGUCAAUCUCAAAGACAAUAUCAGAUCAAUAAACACUUUUGCGAAAAGUCUUGAAACAUCUCAUGCAAAGACUAAUUUAGAUGAUAUCCUAGAUCUGAAUGCAUAUGGUGAUCUUACUACAGACAGUUUGGAAAGUACAUUUAGAGACAGGGGUUAUAGAAUCACAGAUACUCAUACUAUAGAUAAGUCAGUGACAACAUUAACAUUAGAGCAUGAAGGUGAUGUAGAAAAAGACCACCUUGAUAGAUUCCUUCAAACUCUGCUCUGGGAGAAAUCUGUGCUCAACUCUAUGGGAGAAGCCAUGGAAUUAUAUAGAAUUAAGGGAGUAUUAUCAGUGAUGGACACAGAGAAGCGUUGUGUAGUUCAAGCAGUUCAUGAAUUGUAUGAUUCCCACCCAACAACUUGCUGGGAUCCAGACGAAAAGAGAAUUAAUAUAUUGGUCUUUAUAGGAAGGAACCUAGACCGAGAAAUUUUAGAGAAACAAUUUUUACAGUGCAUGUGUAACAAAACUUAACACUACAUGAACAGUAUUUUACUUACAAUUGUAUUUAUAUUUGUACAUGUACAUCUGACUUGUAAAUAAAAAAUUGUAAACAAG